UCGAUGAAGAAGCGUCUUCCCCGAUGCACGACUCGGACGGUGCGUCGUACCCCUUGGAAGCGUUCCGCAUGUUGGAAUCCCUGUGGCGGCAGAAGAAGCUCUGCGACGUCGAGAUCGAAAUUGCAGGGGAAGGCAGCCUGAAAGCCCACAGGCUAAUGUUGGCGGCGGCCAGCCCCUACUUCCGCGCCAUGUUCACGUGCAACCUCAAGGAGUCUCAAAUGACCCGGAUACCGAUCCACGGGGUCAGUCUGGCAACACUGGAACGCAUCGUGGAGUUUGCCUACACGGGACGCAUACGAGUGGACGAGAAAAACGUCUGCCAACUUCUCCCUGCAGCCAACAUGCUUCAGGUGCAGCGUAUAACAAACGCGUGCUGCAGAUUCCUCGAGCGGCAGCUGGACCCGUCCAACUGCAUCGGCAUCGCCGACUUCGCCCUGCAACACGGCAUGGCCAGCUUGCACACCAAGGCCAGCCACUUCAUCGAGCAGCACUUCUCCAUGGUGAGCCAACUGGAUGAGUUCCUUUCGCUGCCUUCCAAUCGGCUCGUGGCGCUGCUGCGCAAGGACGCCCUCAACGUGCGAUGCGAAACGGAAGUCUUCGAGGCCGUCAUGCGGUGGGCUCGCCAAGACGAGUCUUCCAGAGGUCCACAGCUGGAGCCGGUCCUCCAAGCCGUGCGAUGCCACUUUCUGGCGCCACAUUUCCUUCAAGAACAGGUCAGGAACUGUGCCCUCGUGAAAAAUCAUCCAAAGUGCUGCGGCUACCUCAGCAAGGUCAUCCAGGACCUGACGCUCCACAAGCGGUACAGCUGCUGCCUCGAGCGUCUGCCCAACGUCCCGUCGAUCCUCUACGUUGCCGGGGGCUACCUCCGUCGCUCGCUAAGCACCAUCGAGUGCUUCAGUGCCGUGUCCCAGCGGUGGAGCGUCCUCCCCAACCUGCCCCUGGAGCGCAGCGGUCCUGGCGGGGUCUUCCUGCAAGGCCUCCUCUACGUCGUCGGAGGCCGAGUGCUGAGGCCGCCGCGAGACUUCGGCGAAGACGUGUCCACCGUCCACUGCUUCGACCCGGCCACCAAACAGUGGUCUGAGAAGUGCUCCAUGGGGGUUCCUCGGCAUCGGCUGGGCGUCGCUGUGCUGGACGGCAGGCUGUACGCGGUGGCCGGAUCGCACGGCACAAAUUGCCUGAGCAGUGUUGAGAGAUACGAUCCGGCAAAGGACGAAUGGACCAACGUUGCCAGCCUAUCGAAACCACGCUACGGCCUUGGGACCGCGGUGGUACGGAGAUGGCUGUAUGCUAUUGGAGGUUGUAACAGCACCGAGAAAUUCGGGAUCGUAGAGCGCUACCAUCCAGAGACAGACAAGUGGGAGGCUGUCUCUUCUCUGCACAUACCCAGAAGUGGAGCUGGCACGGUUGCUCUCGGAAAAUACAUUUAUGUGAUUGGAGGCUACGACGGGAGGGGGCAGGUCAGCUCAGUGGAACGCUACGACACGGAUACGGACACCUGGCAUCCCGUGGCUCCUCUCAAAUAUCGACGGAGCGCACUUAGCGCUGCUGUUCUUGGCGGAAAGAUCUACGCGCUAGGUGGCUACGACGGCCAGGAGUAUCUGUCUACCGUGGAGGUCUACGACCCCGACAGGGACGAGUGGACGGCCGGACCGUCCAUGCCUUCGUGCAAGAGCGGACACGCUUCCUGCACUUCCCCGGCACCCUGCCUGCUCCACAGGGUCACGUGACUCUCCGCGCAAGACGCUAGUGCGGAGAAUGUACGGCGUGCAAUGCUGCCACACC